AUGACGAACAAGACGAACUAUUUACCAUGUACAGCAUUGACACGGUGCAUACUAGCUACCUGGCUGCACAGAGCCGAGUUCAGUCAGUACACUCAAUUCGUGGCGCUCCUGCAGCGCGCUGAAGAUGCAUGGGCACAGAAGAUUCAACAGAUAGGUUGUGUGGUCACGGAAGAGAAGUUGGGACGCGUGUCGCUGGAUGAAAUAGAGGGGCAAGUCGAUGAGCAGGAUGUACUGCUGGUGAAUACCGUUCACACGGUGUUUGCAAACUACGCUGCAGCGCAAUGUCGAGUCCGCCAGUACACCCACUUCCUGACGAUCUUAAAGCGCGAGGAAGACGCAUGGCUUCAAAGAUUUCAGAAGGCAUGUUCUGUGAUGCUGGGUUAUGAGCCUGCAAGUUUAUCUCAUUACUUCAUCGUACUCAUCCGGAUAUUCUCCAUCCCAUAG